GUUUCCCUUCGGCCUUGAGCAAAAGAAGCUGAAACACAAAGAAAGGGCACCAGAACGGCAGCAACCAAACAACAAACACCUUGAAAGCAAACAGCAACACCCCAUCAACGCCCAGAAACAGCAGACAAGUGCGUGCACUAAUUCAAAACGUCACCAGUGCAUACAAUUGUUAGCAAAGGCAAGGCGGCCAAUUCCGUAGAAGAGAAGGUGGACGAAGCUAGACCAUGGCGCCCCACGAUCUUCGCCGUCCGUUCAAACGACCGGCGAUCUCUGACCAGCAGAGGCGCAGGGAACUCUCCUUGCAGCGCCAAGCACAGAAUCGUCGUGACGCCCAGCACCACGCCCGCUGCUUAGCCUCCACCCUCCUUUACCUCCAGCUCCCACACCCCGAACCCACAUCCGAACCCGAACCCGAACCCGAGUCCGUGCCCGAACCCGCGCCCGAAACCGAGCAAGUUGCUUCUCCGAGUGAGUUCGAUAUUCGCGAGGCCUCCAAGCUGAAAGGGGCCCAAGCUCGGAAGUGGUUCGCUAGGCAGCUGAUGCUUCCCGAGUGGAUGAUCGACGUCCCCGAUCAACUCGCUCAAGACUGGUAUAUCUUUGCAAGGCCUGCUGGGAAGCGAUGCUUUGUCGUUUCGUCUAAUGGUACCACAGUUAGUAGAUUACGGAACGGUUCAAUGCUGCACCGUUUCCCGUCUGCUCUACCCAACGGAGCUAGGACCAGAGACGCUUCAGGCUCUGCCCAAUCAUACACUAUACUGGACUGCAUCUUUCACGAGGCGGAUCAGACAUACUAUGUGAUCGACAUGGUUUGCUGGCGGGGUUACUCGCUUUAUGACUGCUCGGCGGAGUUCAGGUUCUUUUGGUUGAACUCUAAGCUUGCUGAGACUGGUGCUUUUGACCCGCCUUCACAGUAUCAUAGGUACAGGUUUAGUCUGGUUCCGGUGUACAAUUGUGACCAGGCUGGUCUGUCUGCAACUUAUACUGAAUCAGUCCCUUAUGUGAAGGACGGUUUGUUAUUUUAUAACAAGCAUGCACAUUAUCAGACUGGAAAUACACCACUAGCAUUAGUUUGGAAGGACGAGAAUUGUAGUCAAUAUGUCAUUGACACAGAUAGUCAAGGACAGGUUCCAAGCCAACAACAGGUAGUUUUGGAGCUACAAGAUAAUGGAAACUUGACUACCUCAGAUGAAGCUCCUGUGGUAUUUGGCUGCUUAGAUGCGGGCUUUAUGCAAAAGUCAGAGUUAGGUUCUGGAAAUCUUCUGCGUUUUGCUAUCAGUGAUGGAGGGUUGAGUUUUGUGAAUGGGAUGCUUGAGAAGGCUGAUUUACAUUAUCUUGGCAAGUCCAAUCGAGCGCGUGCUUUUGCAGAUAGUUACUCCAAGGUUAUGUUCCAGUAUAUGGCUCGGCAUUCUCCCCUAAAAAUUGAUGAUCUGCUAGCAUCUAUUAGCUCAUCAAUUGAUCAAGAAAACAAGCCUUCUGAUGUGGAGAUGGUUGGUUGAUGGUGACUGUCAACGAUAGUGAUAGGAGUUCUUUUUUCUUUUUCUUUUCUUUUUUGUUAGCGUUUGCCUGCUAAAUAGAAGAAAUAUAUUAUUAUGUAAGGGAUCAUUGGGGUGCUUCCUUCUCUCAAAAGCUUCCAUCACUUGUGGUUCAAGUAUGGCUUGCUUUAUUUUUUGACAAGAGGAUUUCUCGUGAUUUUUUCACUAGAGACAAGCCAAACUCAACUCUGGAUCUAGCGGUCAGUUUAUAUACUUGUAAUUGUAUGUAAGCCUUCUUUUUCGGCAGUGUACAAAGAUGUACUGAGGUGAUGUGUUCUCACAUUUAUAACUUUUUAACGCUUUCUUUUACCUUCC